AUGGAGUGCAGACAAAGUUUGCUGCUCGUGGGUCUGUUGGCGAUGGUCGGUUGUGCUCAUGGAUUCUUCCGAGGAGAUCCUGUGCAGACGUUCAAGAGGAUGCAGUUCCAAGGCAAGCGGACGAUGUGGAGCGACGUGCUCGUCGGUCAGGGCCCCUUGUACGCCGUCGAUCGAUCGGUGGAGCUGAACUAUCCUUACAACGACAUCGCGGCAUCGGACACGCUAAAGAUGCAGCUUGCGUACGAUCACGAGAAAUUUUCGAGCGAAUGGAUCACAGUAUCUGAUGGGAACGGAAAUCACCUUGACGUGCUGACCGUGGAACUUGUUUACUCUGGCAAUGAGAUCCAUGAGAUUCGUCACAAGUACAGAUACAAGCAAGUUGAGCCUCACGAGCCUCAUCCUGAUCGCAUCACCGUCGAGUAUCACUGGAUCUCCGAGGCAGAUACCGACACUCGCAUGGGGUUGGACUUUCUCUUCGCCGCUGGCUGCUGCGUCACCGUCCUCGUAGUCUUUGUGACUUCCUCGGACAACGGGGAUCUUUCGGCCAAGAGGGCCAUCGUCGUUCCUGAGUAUGAGAACCCUGAGGCUCGCAAACCCAAGAUCAAGAAGUUUCUGCUCUUCGACAAGGAAAGCGAAGCGACAGGAGGGCGAGUCAUCGGAGACAACGACACCGAGAGCAUCGUCACCAACGCCGAAGAAGAAGUGUUAACUCGCGGUUGGCAGGGGCUCCGAGCUCGGAAGGUGGAGGAAAGACCAAGCGAUGCUAAGAAGGGCGAGUAG